AUGAAGUACUUUUUUAUACUUUUAGCAGAGUUUAUGAUUCUUGUCAAUCCUGGAUUACAAGAUUUCAAGUUUCGGCCGAAUUUGCCAUUAGGGGAAUAUCGAUUAUAUUUCAACUCUGUCCAACAAUGUUGUCCGGAAUGCGCUAUACAGCAAAAUUUUCAAUUCUUCAAGACAAGUAGCACUAAAGUCGAACUAAGAGGAAAUAUGUCGUCAAUUAAUAAGUCAUUUGAUGAUACUUUAUGGUUUCGUGGUGCCAUGUCAGUAAAAGAUAAAAUUGGCACCUGGCAAAAUAAUGCGUACGUUUAUAGUUCACCCAAUGCUUACAAAGCUAUUAAAAGUCUUCUUGGAGACGAAUUUCGUAUUUUUUUAAAUAGCUUUGGACUCAAUGACACAAAACAACAUAUAAUACCAGCGGGAACAUAUAUCUCCAAAGGUUAUGAUUUAUCGAACUAUCCAUCAAAUACAAAUUUGCCAAGACAAAUUUUUUAUGGAACUUACAAAUAUAAUAUUAAUUAUACCGAAAAAAAUGGCGAUCUUGUUGCAUGUCAUAUGUUUGUUCUUGAAGUAAAACGUCCAUGGGAAUUGGACUGA